AUGCCAAUCUUCGACUCCAAAGCUCCAGCUGAGCACCCGUCUCCUACGACAAGCUACACCGACAAUGACUUCCAGCGCAUGGAUCCCAGCGGCGUCAAACGCGGCCUCAAGACACGCCACCUCUCCAUGAUGGCGUUGGCCGGAAUAAUCGGUCCAGGAAUCCUCGUUGGAACAGGUGGUGCACUUGCACAAGGAGGUCCUGCAUCUUUACUUAUCGCCUUCGUCGUUAUCGGUAUCAUUGCUUUUAGUAUCACACAAUCCCUGGGAGAAAUGACAACUCUGUACCCGACCGGUGGCGCUUUUGUCACGCUUUCUGAGCGCUUUGUGGAUAAAGCGUUUGGGGUUGCGGUGGGGUGGCAAUAUUGGCUUGUCUGGGCUUGUGUGCUGGCGAAUGAGUAUAAUGUCAUUUCUUCGAUUAUGGUCUUCUGGGGCCCGCAGGUGCCGCUUUGGGGUUACUUUUUGAUCUUCUGGUUUGCGUUCUUAGGCUUCCAGAUGUUGGGGGUUGAGUCGUUUGGCGAAGCAGAGUUCUGGAUGGCUCUUAUUAAGCUCGCGGGGCUCUGCACAUACUUCAUCUUUGCUAUCAUUUAUGCGUCGGGAGGAUUGGUCGGUCAGAAAGAGGCGCUGGGUUUCAGGUAUUGGCAUGAUCCGGGUCCAUGGGUGGGCGGCUUCCGUGGUGUGGCUACCGUCUUCGUUUUCGCUUCGACAUUCUACGCUGGUGUGGAGGCUGUGGCUGUUGCAGCAACCGAGACAAGGAAUCCGUCGGUGGCAGUUCCUCUGGCAAUCCGACAAGUCAUUUGGCGCAUACUGUUCGUAUACAUCGGCGUUGCAUUCUUCUUUGGCCUUACAUGCCCGUCGAAUGCAGGCGGUCUAGCAAACGGAGCCAGUCGCGCGCUCAAGAGUCCCAUGACCAUCGCCCUCCAAAAUGCAGGCUGGGAAGGCGGAGUCCACCUCAUCAACGCCUUCAUUUUAAUAACCGUCGUGAGCGCCGCCAAUAGCUCCAUUUACAUUGGAUCACGAACUAUUCUCUUCAUGGCCCAACAGAAAAUGGCGCCAAAAUUUCUGGGCAGGACAAACAGCCGCGGUGUCCCCAUCUACGCCAUCGUCUUCACAAACCUCUUCGGCGUUGUUUCUAUGAUGAAUGUUAGCACCGGAGGUGGUCAGGCAUAUUCCUACAUUGUAAACUUGAGCGGCGUCUCCACCUUCCUUGUCUGGGGCUCUAUCUCAUUUACACACAUCCGGUUCCGAAAAGCCUGGGCCGUACAGGGUCGAACGCCUGAUAUGCUACCUUUCAAAUCAAUCGCCUAUCCCUGGAACGCGUAUUUCGGGAUCUGUGCCAAUCUGUUCCUUGCUCUUGUGCAGGGCUGGACUACGCUGAGCCCGUUCGAUGCGGGAAAGUUUGUCGACGCUUACAUCAUGCUGCCGAUAUUUGGCGUCAUGUUUGUUGGGUACAAGUUUUGGUUCAAGACGCGUUUUUGGAGGAGUGAGGAGAUUGAUCUUGAUGUAGGAAGGAGGAAAGAUUUGGAUAACAAGGUUGAAUACAUGGAGGAAGGAGAGCAUGCUGGUAGGCUAGAGGGUAAACAGGGAUUUAUACAGGAUUUCUGGCGUAAACUCUAA